AUGAUGGCAUCCAAGACCACCACAGCAGCACGUCAACUUGUCGCUCGAGCCGUAGCAGCACGUCAAAGCACAUAUCUUUCUUCAAUCGUCACCAAGACAUGCCAACGUGCUUCUUUCCAUACCACACAGCACAUAUUAAAUACUACUACAGAAAAGAAGAACUUUGCUGAAAACAUUAGCAAGCAGUUCAUCGGUUAUGUCAAAAAGCAACGUAGCAAUCAAACCAAAGCAUUUGCCGAGCCCUCUCGUUUUGUCGCCAUUGAUUCUUUACCACCCACAGCUACAACUGAAGAUGUCUAUAAAUUAGCAAGAGAAGCAUUUGCUGAUGGGGAUAAACAAAUCAUUGAAACUGUCUUUUGUCGUAAUCACGAAUUCAACUUUACUGGUCGUUGUAUCGUUAGUUUGAGUACUGCUGAAGAUGCUCGUCGUUUAAUUGAAUAUGGUCAUAGAAGAGUAUUAGGUGGCAAUACGCUCAAGAUCAAUUAUACUGGUAAUGCGAAAUCCGAUGUCAGUUCAGUCAUGAGCCAGCACCGUCGUUCAGAGAUGACCUCUUUGACAGAUAAUACAAGUGCCUCUGGCCGUGCUGUCAUUGUUACAGGUCUUCCUCCCAGAACACAACCAGAGCAUUUGUUGGGUUAUUUGCGUUCAAGAAACUUCUUUCCUGUGGAAGGUGCUCCUGAUAAUGUAUUGCAUUUAAAGACUAAGGAGCAAUCUACUGUGGCUAAAUUUUUGGUCAAAUUUGACUCUGAAAGCGAAGCAUGGCGCUGUGUUCGUACCUUUCACAACACUGACUUUUUAUUGAAGAGUAAACAAGAGAACUACAGACUCCAAUUGAGCGUAGCUUACUAG